AUGGCAGAUGUAGAGGACUUAGUUUCAUCCGAAAAGAAAACUAACACCAAAAGAAAAGCAAACGCGUGGUGUUCAGCAGUUAACUGCUCGAAUAGUGAUAGUUCAAACCCAGAAAUCAGCUUCUUCCGAUUUCCAUCUGAUCCAGAAAGGUACAUUUUACUUCGUCAUAUUUGUAAUUGUUCUAAAUCUAUUGCUGAGAAACCGAUAUUUACUCGCGUUGGGCGAAUAAUUGUUUAAAAAAUUAUCAAUUUGCAACCAUCUAGAUCAAAACAAUGGGUGGUAUCAUGUAGACGCCAGGACCUUCUGAACAAAACUACAAAAUAUCUCUACAACAAUUGUAGACUGUGUGCUAAUCAUUUUGAAGAUGUCAUGUUUCUCAAUUUCCAAAAAAAUCGCUUGAAACCAGACGCCAAACCUACUCUAUUCGAUAUCCCAAAUCCGCCUGCAAAGAUUGGUCCGAAACGACGAAAACUGCAGAGGACUGACGAUCCACGUACUCGCCAUGGUAAAUACAUUUUCUCAUUUAUUUACCUUUUUAAGUUAAUAAAAUUAAUGUUUUACAAACAUUAAAAAUAGAUUUUUAGUUAGUAAAUUCGCGUUCUUUCAGGAAAGAAAAUCAAAUUAGACGACAGUGGUUCAGCAACAUGUACAAGUGUGGAAGGUUGGUAAAAAAUUAUACUUAAAAAUUGUAACAUCUUAUUCGAUGUUCCAGUACUCUAUUGUAUAGCGUAGUACAGUAUAGUAUUCAGGGGCGAAACGUCGGUAUUACGGCUGGAGGACACACGUGAGCUUGUUUUGCCCGACGAAAAGGGCGUGGCCGAAGUCGUGCAAAAGGCUAAAGCAAGUGGUGUAGUAUCGCAUUUGCCGACAACAUGUCAGUCGUUAAUAUUUCUUUUCCCAAAAUUGUUAAAUUAAAAUUUUUCAGUAAUAUUUUCGUAAAUUUAUCAAAAAUCGGAGACACCCAAAAUUUACAAAAUUUGCCCGACGAAACUGUAACCCGACGAUAUCAGUCUAAUAGAGACUGGGGGGAGGGGGGUUGUCACAUUCCCGGAUAGUUUUGACACUGAUAGUAUUUAUAGUUUGAUACACAUACAAUCGUUUUUUUAUUCCAUACAUUCAUUUUAGGGCAAGAUAUCAACACUGAUAAAAGUUCACAUGUUGCAAAUGACACUAAUGAUGUACACAGUUCAUUUGAUCCAGAAGGUAAGUGCAGCAUUUUUUGUGAUGAGUGAAAGGACACAAGUACACUGCUUCCUGCAAAAUCAAGGAUUUAGUCUACACUGCAUAUUUCUGAACUAAUUGGGGGCCACCCUCUGCUAGUGCCUUGAUAUAUGGUAGGGCUGUGAUACAUAAUACAUUUAAUAAGGUUAUCCACUAUUUUUUAUUAUCAGAGUCUCAAGAAUAUCAAGUUGGAAGCAAGUUGACAGCUAGCAUCCAAACACCACAAUACCUUUCCAACAACACGCCUAGGAAAAAAAGAAAGCAAAAGGUUAUUAAUUCUCAAAACAAAAAAAUCAAGAGGUUGAAGAAAACUAUCAGCAAACUUUCAUAUGGGAAAAAGGCCAGAGAAAUGAAAGCCCUUGAAGAUGCUUUGCAAAAGUUACCUAAACACUUAGCUAACUUUAUAAGAAUGCAGAUGAAACUCCAUUCAAGGAAGAAACACGGGAGAAGAUAUUCCUCAGAAAUGAAGUCAAUAGCAAUCUCUUUGUACCAUGCCAGUGGAAAAGCGUACCGGUUGCUCUCAAAGUUAUUCAUCUUGCCAGACAAAUCUUCUAUUCAUCGAUAUAUAUCCAAGUUGCCAUCAAGCACUGGUAUAUCUCAAGCAGCGUUGAAAAUAAUAGAGAAGAAAGUUAAGCAAAUGAGUCCCAAAGAUAGACUGUGUACACUAUGUAUGGACGAAGUAUCACUGAAAACCCACCUGUUUUACAGCAUAAAGAGUGACAAGAUCAUUGGUUUGGAGGACUUCAGUCUUUACAGAACCAACAAAGUGGCGACCUCAGCACUUGUAUUACUACUUCGGAGUAUUUGUGGGAAGUGGAAGCAACCAAUUGGCUAUUACUUGGUCAAUGGUGGAUGUCCUAGUGAUGUCUUGGAAACCCUAAUAAAGGGAGCAAUCGACAAAGUAGAAAGCAUCGGUUUGAAUGUUGUGGUGGUUAUGUCAGACAUGGGAUCCAAUUUCCACAGUUUGGCUCUUCGCCUGAAUGUUACUCCUGAACAACCCUGGUUUAUGCACAACAAUAAGAAGUAUUUCCUGAUGUUUGACCCUCCACACUUGAUAAAGUGUGUGCGAAACAACCUAAUGAAAUACUGCUUUAGAUUUGGCCAAUAUGUUGCUACCUGGAAGGAUAUCGAAGACUUCUACAUGAAAGAUUCAGCACUUCCAAUCAGAUCUGCACCGAAGUUAACAGAAAAGCACAUACACCCAACUAAUUUUAACAAAAUGAGAGUUAAGCUUGCAACACAAAUACUAAGUCACACUGUAGCAGCUUCAAUUUGCAUGUAUGUUAGUCUAGGGGGACUCCCAUCAACUGCCAUGGGAACAGCCGAGUUUCUUUUGAAGUUUGAUUCAGUGUUUGAUUGUGUAAACUGCUCUACAUUACAUUCAACAAAAAAGCUCAAGUGCCCACUUAAUGAUAAAAGCCCAAACAAAGAGUUCAUGAAAGAAGCAAUCAAUUUUAUCAAGGGGUUAAAGGUUUUUGAUGGAAAUAAGGAGGUAACGGGUCGAAUUAAGUGCCUUAAAGGGUGGGCAGUUACACUCAGUGCUAUUCUAGCCAUUUGGGAUCACCUAAAAACAAACCAUGAUUUUAAGUAUAUUCUUACACGAAGGCUUAACACUGACCCACUAGAAAAUUUCUUCGGCACUAUAAGGCAACAGGGGGGGAACAAUGAUAGCCCAACACCAGUACAAUUUGUAAGUGCAUUUAGGAAACUAUUUUUUAGUUCAUUCCUCACAUCCUCGGCUGGAAAUUGUGCCGCAGAUUUUGAUGACCUCAUCGCUCAGUGUACAGAAACCACCAAGAAGUCAAAAUCAGUGCUGGCUACAACACCUCAACCUCAAACCUUGGCGAUUGGACCCACUGACUACAAAGAUCCAAGUGUUGUUUCCAACAUGGUCAAGGAGAAUACUAUCACAUAUGUUGCUGGCUAUCUGCUCCACAAGUGUUCACAAAAACACAGCUGCUCAACCUGCAAAGAAGCACAAGAGUCAAAUGAUCUGGAUGACAAUAAGACAUUACUUUGUUAUUUCAAGGCAUAUGACCAAGACAAAUCACAAUUUGGAGGUUUGCAUGUGCCUUCAGCUAGUUUCCUGGAGUACAUCAUUCAACUUGAAGCAAUCUUUUUCAAAAACUUCUCCAUCUAUACAAAGAGUUCUUCUGUUGGAGGUGAUAUCCUCAAGUUACUGAAGAGAGAACCUGUGCCAUUCCAGUACUGUGAAGAAUUCCCACUGGAAUAUCUCCAGAAGCUGUUCUUGAGAAUGAGAAUAUAUUACUCAUUGAAAUUUGCCAACCGUGAUCUUCGGACAACUAAGAACAAAAAGGACAGAAAAUAUUUGAAGGUGUCGCAUCUUUAAUCGACAUGACUUCAGUCAUUAUAAUCGUUAAUAUUUUUAUUAAGUUUGAUAUUUAUAUUGACAAUUUAGAAUUUUAGAAGGGCCUAAACAGUGGUAUAUUAUAGCUACUGUCAUAAUUUAUUCAGGUAGCCUCUCAGAAGAGAGGAAAAAAACCGAUCAACUUUGUUUGGAACAGAACUGA